AUGACACCAGUAGAUUGUGAUGAAAAAGCAGUUAGAUACUCAUCAAGAGAUGGAAAAUAUCUUACAAACGUUCCUUUUGCAUUGUCUUUCAGAGAGAAAAUGAAGAUGGAAGAUUUUCAAGUUUUUGACAAAAAAGACAAAAAAUUGCAUGGAUUCAGUGAAUCUCUCUUCGCAUCACAAGUUUUAUCAGUCUCUGCUUUAAAUGGAAAGUUUGAUAAAACAGGUGUUUGGGAAGUUUUUGGCACUCGCCCUUAUGCAGAGAAAAAUUACAAAUUAACUCAAGGCCAGUAUUUAUCAACUUUCAAUGUUUUUGCUGAUAACAUUACAUUGAAUGAUACUGUCAAAGAUUUAAUGACACAAAUGCGCAAACAUAUGAAUUACCAACUCAAGAGGGGCGCGCCAUGGGCAUCAUUAAAUACAUAUGCAACAAAUUAUUCUGAAGGAAAAGUUCAAGAUGGCUGCUUCACUGUUUUAUCUUCUUUGGGAGAAUUUAAGAUAGGUGGUCCUGUAAAAGACUUUCUUUUCCACUCAACAGCAAACUCCAGUUAUUGCUCAUUAAAUUUGUUCUCAUACAAUGUUAAAUCAUCCAAAGAUAAUAUAUAUAAUUUGGUACACACACAUACAUCGAAUUUCUUCAGUUUCAGAGAAUCAAAAGCUUUUCUAAAAGGUGUUAAAUAUGCAGCAACUAAAAUUGAUUUGAACAGCAAAAUUGGUGAUGCACUUAAUGAAGUAAUAGAUUAUCAAAAACAAGUAAUGAAGAAGAAUAAUACAAUUGCAAAAAUAGUUAAAUUCUAG